AUGAGUGAUGGCAAGGGGCAUCUUUCUUGCAAGAGCCACACAGCCAGAAAUGAAAAGGAUAUAUAUAGAAUAUGCCCAUCCAAAAUAAGUAAACGAGAAUUGGAAGAUUUGUACUUUGCAUUAUUAGAACAAAAUGUACAGUUGAAGAAGACAAUUAAUGAUCAAAAAGACCAAAUCAAGAUAUUGAAUACCAGAUUACAGAGAGUGACUGCUCAGAAGCCAGGGUCUGGAGCGUAUAAUAAAGACUUCAAUGUGGCUGGUAAAGGAAUUAUAAAUGAACAAAAAGAAUGUAUAGCAGAUUUGAAGAAAGAUAAUGAGCGUCUAUCAGAGCGUGUCCGCUUACUGAACAUGCGUCUCUGCUCCGCCAAGCAGUUCCUCAGACGGAGUCCUUCUCAAUCCGCUUCCCGAUGUGUCCGAUGUAACAUACAGGAUAUAUCAACUAAGAACUUAUCAACAAGUGCACUAAAUAGCAAGAGAAGCGAGGGUAACUUGAAAACUGAAAUUUCAACAUCACAGCUUGUUAAACCAGUUCAAGAUAAACCCUGUCAAAGGAAUGAGUGCAGAGUUGAAAUGGAUGAAUUGAAAAAGAAAAUUGCUUCCUUGGAGAAUGAAAUGUCUUCCCUUCAAACAUCCUGGUCAUCCCGUGCCGACGAGCUACAGUCACUACUGUCUACGGCCCGGGCGGAACAUGCAAAUUGUCCAGAUAGAUUGGCAGCACUCACCACAGACCUUGGGGGCACUCGGACAUUAGCAGACGAUCUGACCAGUCAGUUACAGUUGGAACGUGCUCGUGUUGGUGAGCUUGAAGCGCAGCUAAGGGCUUCUCGGCUUGACUACAACAUGGCGCUGGCUGCCGAGGGUCUAAAAAACCAAACACACAAACUCAGCGACGUCAGUAAGGUCAACCCGCCAGUCACCGUGCCUUCCGACUGGGAGGAUAGUCCACCAAUAGUGGUGCCAAACAAUUCUGGAAUAUCGGUGGUAGCCGAAGAGAAUGUGAACGAACAAAAUCAAGAGCCGGCUUACAGCGAGAACAAACACAAAAACCAUAAAAACGAAAGAGCAGUGGCUCUUCAAACACAAGGUGAAUAUAUUCUCACACAAAUAGCGAGUCUUCAGUCUCAAUUGGACGGGUUGAAGCUUACCAUUGGCGAGCGUCCUCCCGAGUCGUUGGCCGCGGACUCCAGCCUCAGUCACGAUAUCUUCAGCACCUUGAGGUUCAAGACGGUCGCCGAUAUUGACAAACCACCGGGGCCCUCGCGGCACGACGAUGCUCUCGUGUCCAAAGAAUUUAUAAGAGAUGAAGAAGGACAGCUGGUCUCACAGCAACAGGUUCAGGAGGAACCCAAAUAUGAAAACGAUUUCAAGUAUCAAGUACCCGGACCUUUAUCGUUGGACAUGCCGAGAACUUCUCUGUCCGAAGUGACGGAUAUAAAAGUCAACAAUGAGUCGAAAAACAGAAACUCGGAGGGCAGCAGAGGUAGUAAGGGCAGUGUGAGGAUCAAUCUGGACAACAUCACGACCUUGAAGAACGGAGACGGCCAGGCGGUUCAAGAUAUUAACCAAAACGCUCAAGAAGAUGUGUUUAAGAAGUUCAGACGAUCGAGCUUCAGGUUUCCCACAGAUAGGAAGCAGAGUAAAGACUUAGCUGUGCGGUACGGACAGACGCAGACUUACGGCAGCCACGAAGAUAACAGGGAGGACGCGAAGAAGGUCUCUAUAGGAACUAACACCGAGCGAUGUGAAGGACCCGCCUACCACGACCUGGAGCAUCGGGAACACGACGAACAGGUAGCUACAAGGAAGAUACGGUACAUGAGUGAAGAAAAUACGAAGGAUGAUGAGAAACCUGGAACCAGUGUUGGUUCUAACGAGACGAGGGAAAACGACGUUCAGAGAGGCAGCGGAGAGAGGAACCAGCGAACACAUAGUGUGGGGAUACAGUGUGAGAACCCGAACCACGUAAGAGAAUCACGAGACGUGACCUUACACACGUGCUCUGCAAAAAAUGAAUUUCCAGAACCAACAGCAGAUGAAGCAAAUUAUAUCCAACUCUGUGCUGGUCACGCGGUCAUAUGUCCCUGUCCUGCGCUGGCUCCUUCGCCCCACUCAGUGAGGACCUGUACCGGCGGACUGGUCACCGCGCCCCCUAAUAUACUGAGGUUCUGUCACUGUGGGGAACGAGUUAAUAAACAUACUCCCUGUAUAUCUUCUGUGACACCGGACGCUCCCAGGCCGUCUACAGCGUCCCCUACCACGUGUCCGUACGGAGAGAAUGUUAACAUAUCAGGGUCAUCUUCACCGGACACUACGGAGCCAGGGGUUACCUGCGACCUGGACACACACAGAACUGACGAGACCGGUCCGACAGACUACAUCUCCCCGGGCGAAGAAAAGGCUACUUCAACACUGAGCGAGUCAUACGUGACUACGGACUAUGGAUCAUUGAGCGAGGGAGAGGUGCCCGCUGGAGGAGGUAAGAGGUUGUCGGCUACGGAAGAUAAAAUGUUGGAAGCUAUUGGCUCCCGUUCAGAUAAAAUGGAGGAGGCGUUGCGAGCUAUCAGCGAGGAGCUCACACGCUGCAGGGAGCUGCUGCAGGGGAGGGGCGCCGCGCCCUCCCAGAAAACCUCUCGGGAAGUGUCAAUGAUGACCGAAGAUGCUGUACCCAUAGCACUGAAAAGAGCUGAUGCCAAGUUACGUAUACGGGAUUCGUAUACACCGAAGUGCAUAUUCACUCUGCAUGUUGGGACUGUUGUACUAUCAGACCAGGCGGUGCUGCUCUCUCACGACAAGUCAUUAUUGCUGACUUGGCGCUUCUACAAUCAGACCCCAUCUAUGACUCGUCUACUAGCCGGACGCGUUAUGAAUUUUGACUUCUCAACAGAAUAUGAUCUCAAGAUAACCGAACACUUCCUUUACUACUUAAAACAUGAAGAGAUGCCGAUAACAAUAUCAGAGAUGGACAAACAGGACGAGGCGUUCGCCAUCUGUUCCCUGCCGUUGAGGGAUGCUCUGCUUCAUCCAAACAGAAGAGUUGAUAUGUCACUCGCUCUGGUGGCAGGCAGACAGAUGACCAGAGAGCGUGGCUCCGCUGACUGUGAGGAGGCCGGAGUUUUAGAUGUGUGGUGCAUGCUCAGGGUCGACCCUAGCGCUCUGCCCGCCAUCAACACGGCCAUCAUCAGGCCCUCGUCCUUGAAGAGCCAGCAGCACUCUUCAUCCAUUAUGGAGCAGAUGCUGGAUGACGACCAGUCAACCGACUACCGGUACUCCCGGGACCUGCACCGGCGCAGCAAACGAACGUCUGAAGAUAUUCAAUCGUGUCGCAGCGAGGCUAUGGACAAAGUACCAGAGCCAACGACUAUACGAUCUGUGAACGAUUUCAAGCAAGCUGUUGCCAAAAAAUCUAACGAUUCAACCAAUAUAUACGAAAUGUUGAAAAACAAGAAGUGGAAUAGACGCAGUACUCAAAACUCACAAAGAACUCAAGACGGUACCAGACAGAAGUCUGUCACCAUCUGUAAUCAACCGAAGCAGUCCAGCGUUAAUAGAAGGAAUAUAUCACAAGCUAAUACCAUUGUAAGCACGGAUGAGAACCUUCAAAGCCUGGACAUCACGAUACAGUGGCUGGCUCUCAAUGAAGACUGUAAGGCUAUGACUGAUCCCAAUGUGAGGAGGUUGUACGUAGCGUACACCUUCCUUGGCAGAAGCGGGGCUGAUAUGGAAACACCCGUCAGUCUACCGAAACCCAAGCAUUAUAUGGAUAAAUGUCAUUUUCUGUUCAAGAAAACGUUCAUAGUGAACGAGUGUGAUAUGGUGACGUUGGGUCACUUGGCUCUGUGUCGCGAGCCGCCCAACGAACCUGACCCGCAGUGCGCGGUAGUGUUCAGUGUAGUCAGCGAACCCGCUGAAGAUCCACUAGGCCUGGACAGCUGUGAGGAUAUCGGGUACGCGUAUCUGUACUUGGGGGACGCCCUAGCUAGUAGUUCCAGUGAGACGUAUAAUGGGGUGUUAGUGGUGCGGGAUCCUCGCGGCGUGGACUGUGGAGCCCUGGCCCUCCGCCUGGACGGACUGACUCUGCUGAGGCGAUGUAGGGACCUGGCUGGGAACGCCAGCCAAGUACCGGUGUGUGGUAACAUCUUCCACGUUCCAGCUCGACUCUCGUCCAUAAAGAUAACGUCUAUCUGGUCCCAGCUAAGAUUAAUCGGUCAAUCAUUCCGUUGCAUCGGCGCUAGGCGUCCUUGCCCCAGUGCCGUGCCAAAGACGCUUUUAGAUCGGCCUAUCCGCUGUACAAUGUACAAACUUUCUUCCCACAACUUUCGAUCGAUCUUCGACCUUUUCAACCAGUAA